AUGCUUUAUAGCAGUUUCUUCAUGCCUUCUUCCCUCCUUUCUUGCGUUCUCAUCUUUGUCACCAUCAAAGGUAAAGUCCUGAACCAAAGCAAAAAACCAGCACUCCCACCAAGUCCAUUUUCCUGGCCUAUAGUCGGAAACCUCCCUGAAGUCUACACAAACAAGCCUGCGUUCAAAUGGAUAAAUGGAGCAGUAAAAAAACUAAAAACAGAUAUAGCCUGCUUCCGUCUAGGCAGAGUUCAUGUAAUGGUAGUAGUUUCCCCAAAUGUCGCCCGAGAAUUUCUGCAGAAACAUGAUUCCCUUUUUGUAUCAAGGCCUAUAACCAUGGCUACUGAAUAUUCAAGCCAGGGAUUCUUGACCAUGGGAGUUUCCCCAUGGGGAGAAAAGUGGAAGAAAAUGAGAAGGAUUGUUACCCAUGAGUUGCUUAGUCCCACCAGACUUCGAUGGCUACUAUACAAGAGGAAUGAAGAAACUGAUAAUCUUCUUUACUAUGUUUACAGACAGUGCAACAAUCAAGAUGGAUCAGUGAUUAAUCUGAAAGUACCGCUUCAACAUUAUUGCGUAAACGUAAUUAGAAAGAUGACUUUUAGCAGAAGAUUCUUUGGGGAAGGUGCAGAAAACGGUGGUCCAGGUUUUGAAGAAAAGGAGCACGUUGAUGCUCUUCAUUCAGUGCUCCACCACAUGUAUGCAUUUUGGAUUUCAGAUUAUGUGCCCUGGUUGAGAAGUCUAGAUAUUGAUGGCCAUGAAAAGAUCAUAAAAAACUCCAUGAGUGUUUUCGAAAAAUACCAUGAUCCAAUCAUACAUGAAAGAGUUAAAAAAUGGAGAGAUGGUGAGAAAGAGGAGGCAAAGGACCUUCUUGACAUUAUGAUAUCCCUUAAGGAUGAAAGCGGGGCGCCACUUCUGUCUAUAGAUGAGAUGAAAGCUCAAUGCUAUGAGUUCUUAUUUGGAGUAGAUGGUCCUCCGGCAGGAGCAGAAUGGGCACUUGCAGAAAUGAUUAAUCAACCUGAUAUUCUUCAAAAGGCCAUCGACGGAAUAGAAAACGUUGUAGGGAAACACAGACUUGUUCAAGAAUCAGAUGUUCCCCAAUUAAAUUACUUGAAGGCAUGUGCAAGAGAAGCUUUCCGGCUGCAUCCUCAUGCACCGUACAAUUUGCCGCAUGUCUCAUUAACAGACACCGAACAAAAUCGAGUUAUCGGGUCUGCUCUUGGAACACUUCUGACUGUAAUGGCAUUGGCAAGGCUUAUUCAAGGUUUUAUAUGGAGCGUACCACCCAAUGAGGAGAGGAUUGAUCUCUCUACAUCGGAUGAACUCCUUCUGACUAAACCUUUGCUUGUACAUGGAAGGCCUCGCUUGCAUGAGGCAAUGUACCCUACCCUGUAG